UUUUCAUUUAUAAUUUUUUCAGGUCAUAUCAAUUUAGUUCAUUAAUGAUCAAGAGACCGUCGAUUUGUUUAGUACAUGUAACCGACAGUCUUUAAAGCAGUUGACUCGAAAGACCGGCAGAGACCGUCGAUUAUAUAAAUUUGCGGAGACUGUCGAUUAGUAGUGAAUUCAAGUCAAUCGCUGUUUCUUAAAUAUUGUUAAAGAAUGCUUAUAAACUGUUUAACUGUGAUGUUGUGAUGAGAAGUUUAUUUCAAUCAAGUUAUCUAACGUAUCGAGUUUAAUGUCCACUUUAAUAACGGAAAAGUCCGAGAAGAUGCGAUUGUUCGGAUGUCAAUCUUAUUUUUGACCUUGACAAGUCACGUGAUACUAGAAGGGUUCGUAUUUAUUUUGAUCAACACGUGUUAAUGAAGGAAAUAGUACAUGUACAGAAAAGUUGAUAGAGUGGACUUAAGGCGGAGGUGGCGUGUGUAUGUUUAUUGUAUACAUACAUAGAGUGUUUGAUAUGACAUUAUGACAUUUGGAGGCAGUAACUGUAAAGUGUUACAUCAUUCACACUGGGAUUAAUGAAUCAUGCAGAACUGUCAAAUAUCAACUUUGCUUUUCAUUGUUGCAGUGAGUUGUUUUCCAUCCAAUGAAAUGAUUGACGUUGACGAAAACAAGAUAAGAGCAGAUGAAGGGUUGCCACAUAAUUAUGAACAUUUGGACUACUGUAAUCAUCAUAAAUCUGUCACCUCUCAUGAAGGUACAAUAUUUGCUGGUUACAGCCUGAAACAGGUUCAUAUUGUGCUGUCUCCAGGUCACAGUGAUGCUUCAUUUAAAGUCAAAGUUGAAAAUCAAAGUUUUCCACCUCUGCCAUGUGAUCUCAAAUUAUUUACUACCUUGAAGGAUUUUAAGACAGUAACAGAUAUGUUUAAAGAUAUCAAUCAUAAUCCUCAUUUUCAUGAAUUUCAUCCAACAUUCCCAAAGGUUUGUGCCAAUGAUCACCUCACUUCUCUGGGAUUUGAACAGCUAAUAUCGUUGGGUCAGUUAUUUAAUGCUUCCUACUUUAGUCACGGAGUUCAUAAAAAGUUAAAGGCAAAGUAUUCCUCAUUACAUGUUGAAUCCAUUCCUACUGAGAAAUCUUAUCAGAGUGUUCUUGGUUUCCUAUAUGGUUUAUUAGAGAGAAAACAACUGUUGAAAACCAAGAUUUAUAGAGUGAACAGGAACUUUUGCGAGUUUAUUGAAUCAAAUAUAUCAUCAUGCAGCUGUCCAAAAACACAAGAACUAGCUCCUCAUGUAUCUCAGGCACUCACUAAAGGAACAUUUUUAUUCAAGCCUUCAUAUCCAAAUAGAGAAAAUAUAUCUAAUAUGUUUCAUUCCAAGAUUAAGAGCAAAACAUCGGGACUUGAACUCUUCAAUGCACUAAUGCAAUAUAAGUGUGAUAGCUAUUUGCUUGAGCCUUGUGCUGCAGAUAGACAAUGUAAACUGUUCUCAAAUGAUAAACUAGCACAGUUACACAGUAUUCUUGCAAAUGAUCAUCACUUUAUGAAGAUGGAUUCAGUAUUUCGCACAUAUUCAGAGCUAAGAGUAUACCCUUUCCUGCAGCAAGUUCUCAUUAGAGCAAAGAAAAGUGAUCACCAGUCUACAAAUAUUUAUAUGGGACACAGUCAUUUUAUACAGCUCCUUACAACAAGUCUUGGAGUGUUCAGAAAACAGAUUACUCCUCUUGCUUCAAGGUUGGUGAUAGAGAUAUAUAGAAAGAAUGGUGGUCAGUUGGAUGCAGGUGGUUUGUAUUUAAGGUUUCUCUACAAUGGUGCUGAUGUCACAACUGAGGUCAGCGGGUGCUCACUUCACAUGAUUGACAACUUCUGCAAAAUAGAAGGAUUGACAGAUUUGGUGGCAGCCCUAAGAAAACAAUAUCUGGAGCAGUGUUAGAAUAGAUUUACAACCUGUUGAGUAAAUUUGUGAAAUCAAAAUAUGACCUUUGAUGUUGAAAGUCACCCAAAGAUGUGCAGCUGUAAUGAAGAAAUUUAGACCUUUUCGAAAAUGGAUCUCAGGUGAGCCUUCUGGAGCGAUCACUGCCCUCUUGUGUUGUUCAUCUUGUCAGCUAAUUUAUGUAACCUAACCUGAUUUUUAGGGUAUUUUGUUAUUGUUACUUAUUUUUUGUUCUUACACGUAUAGUAUUUGAACUGUCUGUUGCUCCAUCGGUCUUUUCAAGGUAAACCUGUUCUAGCAUCAUGGAUAUGUCUUAAAUUUAUGGCUUCAUAACUUACACAUUUACUUACCAAUAGAGCAGUAUGAUAUUGGCAAUUUGCAUUAAUUAUUUUCCUACUUAAUUUCCCUUUAUAGCACUUUCAAAAUUAAUAUGGCCAACCAGUUUUCUUUAGGUUAAGAUUUAUAUUUUCAGUAUUAACUCAAACUAUAUGAGUACACUUAACACGAGCACACCAAUUUAGUAGGAUAGACCUUCAAGUUAACCAGACAAACCUUGACCUUAACUCAUAAAUGACCUUGACGGUCUAAUUAUUGAAAUAUUCUUACUUUGCUAAAAUUGGCUAUAACCUUGUUAUUAAGAUAUGGAUUUAGUUCAUAUUAGAUUUAAGACCUUUAAAUUGACAUUGGUUCAUUAAUGACUUUGACCUUAAAGGUUAAAUUAUUGAAUUUUCAGUGAUUUUGCUAUAAUUGACUGUAACUUGGUAAUUUUCGUCAUACUUGAACAAAACAACCUUUUGGACCAACUCGUGACCUUGAGCUUUAAUUGACACUGGCCGUGAAAGUCAAAUUAUUGAAUUUUGGAUAUAUGGUCAUAUUAAUUUUGUUAUUUAUGUACGGAUUUGAUUUAUACUUGAACAAAACAAGACUUACUAUCAAACAAACAUUUGAAUAAAUUUGAUGUGACCUUAACUUUCAAUUGGUCUUGGCCAUCAAGGUCAAAUUAAUGAAUUCUCUGGGUUUUUAAAGUAACUGACUUUGUAAUGGAUUUAUUUCAUAUUUCUACACAGCAUCUUUUAGGUCAGGACCUUGUUGUAUAUCAAACUCAAAAUUACUUUGACUCAUGUAUGACCUUAACAUUGAAGGUCAAAUUAUUGAAUUUAUACUGAUUAUAGCUAUAAUUGGUUAUGACUUGGUAAUUCAUCCAUAGAUUAUCUUGAAAGACCUUCUAAAUGUUGAACAGACCUUGACCUUGAGCCUUAAUUGACCUUGACUGUCUAGGUCAAUUAAUUGAAUUUUGGUUAAGUUGUCACAAUUUUGUUAUUUAUGUAUGGAUUUGAUUCAUAGGUAAACAAAACAACACUUGUGACCAAAUGGACAUGUUGACUUAUUUAGAUAUGACAUUGACCUUAAAUGAGCUUGACUGUCAACUUUGUCAUUAAUUUAUGGAAAUGAAUUAGACUUGGACAAAACAACAAGUAGACCUAUUUAAAUUCUUCAAUUUUCUUUUUUAAAGAUUUGUUUAAACCAUUUAUUUGUUUGCUUUGUAAUGAAAAAUAUAAAGAAGGUGAGUGUUGCCGAGCCAGACGGUGGCUCUUUUUCUACUUUAUUUUGUUUUUAGCCCAACAGAGCACAAAAUUCUCAUUGUGAGCUGUUGUGGUGUUAACACUUUUACUCAAACAUCAUAGCCUUCUAAACUGGUAGGCCAAUAUUCAGGAAGAUCCUUUGGUGUUCCUUCUGUAAUCCUAAUUGGAAUUGGUGACUACUUUUGUGUUUUGGCCGAACUAUAUUAAGACAUGUGACAUAGACAUUAAAAGUGAGAUGUGUUGAAAGUAAGUAUGUAAAUAAAUCAGUCACAAUUUAGCUUGAUACCAAGUAUGGCAGCAUUUAUUUGUUGAUGUCAUGUUAGAAUCAAAAUAAUAUCUCCUCAGCAGUGAUUGUAUUGCUUUAUUUAAGAUCAUUGUUUAUUGUUUGGAUGCACAUCAUUUUAUAAUUCCUGGGAUCCAAACUUCAAACAGUGAUUUUAUAUCUCUGCUGGGGAUAUAUUAUUUCUUAAAUAAUGAAGUAUUUUUUUUUAAAGUGAAGCAUAAUGUAUUAAGGUAUUUUAUUUUCAUAUGUUAAUGAUACAGAUAUUUUUCAAUUUUUUUUCAAAGAAAAAAAUUGAGAUGUUGCUACAGUCAUGUUGUCUGUUCCCAUUGCCAUCCAGAAAACUUUAAAGGGACUCCACUUAGGUUUUUUGACAUGACAGGACUGAAAAUAUCUUUUCAAGAUUAAUGUUCUAUUUGUUGUAGGUUGAGGCUAAUAAUAUGUGUCCAAAACUUCUGGUCAUUCACUGAUUCUGUUUUUUCAAGGAUAGAUAUUAUAAUUGUGAAAAAUGACCAAAAAUUGAAACGGCUUGCAAUGCCUUUUACUCAAAUCAGGCUAAAAAAAAGCACACAAAAAAAACAAUUUUCAAUUUAUUUCCGAGUAUAUUUCCUUACUAUAUUUUGCAUUUCUUUCUGUUUAAAAUGCCCCAGCUGACCUAUGUAAGAAAUUUAAAAUAUAAGUUUUAGGCCUCAGUGGAGUUCCAUUGGCCAUUAUUUCUCAGUGGAUUGUUUUCAUACUGAAACACAUCAACUCUUUGGACAAGACUUUCAAGCAGACCAGACUGAACCUGACCUUGUCUCAUAAAUGACCUUUUCCUUCAAGGUCAGGUGUUUUUGUUUUAUUUUUGCUAUUAUAAGCUAUAAGUUUAUUUGUAAAUGCAUUGCCUUCAUACUUGGACAUAACAACAAAAGAACAUUUAUGACAAAACUUGCAUGGUGAUUAUUUCAUGUGAUCUUGACCUUUGUAUGACCCUGACUGUCAAUGUCAAAUAUUUAAGUUAUAUCAUGUACAAUAAAAAAAUGUUUCUAGGAAAAAAUUUUACUACAAUAUUCCUUUGAUGUGUUUAACUUUAUAAAUAAGAAAAAGUUGAGUGUUACCCCCACUAGGUGGCGGCUCUUGUUAGAGUAACGAAUUAUAUUGUAUUUAUGAAUAUGUUGUUACUGAUCAUUGCUCAAACUUAGAAGGUUUAGAAUGACUGUGAUAAACUGCCUCCUACUUUCAAACAAUUUAGAAUUUAGUUAUAUUUCAUAUUUUCUGUAUAUUUUUUGUAUGUUUUAUUUAUUAUAUUUGGAGUGUUGAAUCUGUGUUGAAAAAAAAAUGUUUAAGUAAUAAACAGGUAAAUCUUUAUUUAAAUCUUAUUCUUUUAAUCAUAUUCAAAUAAUUUUAUCAAUUUGUAAUGUUUAGAAAUCCCAAAACAGAUUAGUAUACAAAAUGUAUCAGUGUUCCACCAGCCAGCUGCAUUAUGUUCUUGAUUUUACCUUUUUACAAUUGACUCUGGCAUUUUAGAUGUGUUUGUAUAGAUAUUUUGAUAUAUUGACCAUCAAGGUCAAAGUAAUGAAAUUUGCUAUAAUUGUCAUAACCUUAUUUUUGAUUAUAAAGGAAAGAUUUGAUGCAUACUUGGACAAAAUAAAACUACACACAAAAUUGUUAAGUAAUUAAUACCUUAAUUUGUAAAUGACCUUGAGUGUCAAGGUCAAAUAUGAAACUGAAUUAUAUUUUGUUCAUGAAAGUUAUAUUUUGUACGUGUUUUCUUUAUAACUAUAUUUUUUCUCAGAAUGUGUUUGACUUUGAUUGCUUGCUGCU